GCUCUCCCGCCCUCCCUCCCGAGACACGAGCCGAACUGGGCGUCAGGUUGGGGAGCCGGUCGGGUUCCCGCUCGCCGUCGCCGCCGCCCCCCGCAGCGACUCUCCCGCCGCGGGAGCUGCAUCGCCAACUCUGCUCGGCCGUGGAGCCGCUGGCCCGGGACCACAGAGCCCGGGACGCGACACGCCGAGCCCCCAUCACCUCCAGCCGGGGCGACCCCUCUCGGGUUCGCCCUCCCUCUGCGCGGCCGCCGGAGCCCCCAGCCCCGAGUGGCCUCGCGGCCCGGCGCCCGCAUCCCGGCCCCUGCACUCCCGCAGCCGCCGCCCCUCACCCUGAACAUGGACUCCGACUCCUGCGCCGCCGCCUUCCAUCCGGAGGAAUACUCCCCCAGUUUCAAGAGGCGCAGGACCGUGGAGGAUUUCAACAAGUUCUGCACCUUUGUCUUGGCCUAUGCUGGCUACAUCCCUUAUCCAAAGGAGGAACUCCCUUUGAGGAGCAGCCCCAGCCCUGCCAACAGCACCGCUGGCACCAUUGACAGCGACGGCUGGGACACUGGUUUCACUGACAUCUCAUCCUCGGUGCCCUUGCCAGUCUCUGACCGCUGCUUUGGCCACCUGCAGCCCAGCCUCCUGCAGCGAGCCAAGCCCAGUAACUUCCUGCUGGAUAGAAAGAAGACUGACAAACUGAAGAAGAAGAAGAAGAGGAAGCGAAGGGACAGUGACGUGCCCGUGAAGGAGGGCUACAUGGGGAGCUUAAUGAAGCUGGAAGCUGCUGAUCCGUAUGUAGAGACCCCCACGAGUCCCACCCUGCAGGAUAUCCCCCAGCCCCCCGGUGACCCCUGCUCGGGCUGGGACUCCGACACGCCUUCCAGUGGAUCUUGUGCCACAGUGUCACCUGAUCAGGUCAAAGAAAUAAAAACUGAAGGCAAACGGACUAUCGUCCGGCAGGGGAAGCAGGUGGUGUUCCGGGAUGAGGACAGCACCGGCAAUGAUGAGGACAUAAUGGUGGAUUCAGAUGAUGACUCCUGGGACCUUGUCACCUGCUUCUGUAUGAAGCCCUUUGCUGGCCGCCCCAUGAUAGAGUGUAAUGAGUGCCAUACUUGGAUUCACCUGUCUUGUGCGAAAAUCCGGAAGUCCAAUGUUCCGGAAGUGUUUGUCUGCCAAAAGUGCCGGGACUCCAAGUUUGACAUCCGUCGUUCCAACCGUUCCCGAAUGGGCUCCCGGAAGCUGUUUCUGGACUGACUGCUGGCCAGCGAGGAGAUUGGAUGAGGAAUCGGAAGGGACGAUGGGCUUUUUGGCCCCUCUCUUAGUUGAGCACAGAACUCGCAGCUCUGGUGUGGGCAGACCCCUGCCAUUCAGGUGCCUAAGCAAAAGGACAGGCUGUCCAAGGUAUAAACUGUACAUAGCCAGUGACUGAAUAAAUCCUCAUUGGCCAAA